AUGUGAGAAAACACACAGUGAACAGAAAACUUAUGAAUGUAAGCAAUGUGGCAAAGGUUUCAGUUGUCCCAAAUACUUUCAACAACAUGUAAAAAUACACAGUGGGGAGAACCCAAUGAAUGCAAGCAAUGUGGCAAAGUCUUCAUUUGUCCCAAAUACUUCCAAAAACAUGUGAAAAUGCACAGUGGAGAGAAACCCUAUGAAUGUAAGGAAUGUGGGAAAGCCUUCAAUUGUCCCACAUAUUUUCGAGAACAUGUGAGAAUGCACACUGGAGAGAAACUCUAUGAGUGUAAGUAUUGUUGGAGAGCCUUUACUUUUUACUCAUCGCUUCAAGAACAUGAGAGAACACACACUGGAGAGAAACCCUAUAAAUGUAAGCAGUGUGGAAAAGCUUUCACUUGGUACUCUGCCCUUUAUGGACAUGAAAAAACGCACAGUGAACAGAAACCUUAUGAGUGUAAGCAAUGUGGAAAAGGUUUCUGUUGUCCCCAAUACUUUCGAAUACAUGUGAAAAUGCACAGUGGAGAGAAACCCUAUGAAUGUAAGGAAUGUGGAAAAGUCUACAGUAUGUCUGCAAACCUUCGACAACACAUGAAUACACACACUGGAGAGAAACCCUAUGAAUGUAAACAAUGUGGGAAAACCUUCCCUUGGUUUGCCUCCCUUCGACAACAUAUGAGAAGGCACUCUGGCGAGAAACCCUUUGAAUGUAAAGAGUGUGGGAAAGCCUUCCCUUGGCGUAACUCUCCAUUACAUAUGAGAAUGCACUCUGGUGAGAAACCCUAUGAAUGUAAGCAGUGUGGGAAAGCCUACAAGUACCCCGAAUCUCUUAAAGAGAAACCUUAA